AUGCGCGGCGGUAUAAGAUUUGAACGGGCUCGAGGCUUCAAGCAGUAUCACAAAGAGCUAAAGAUGUUGCUCGAGGCAUCAGGAGUUGUCCAAGAUUAUUUUGGUUCCCUCUGGCGUUUAUAUGACAAACAGGCUGACCUCCUUCGUGCUAUGGUCAUUCUGUACGACGACACCAUGAACACCUUCGAACGAAAUUUGCAUGAACUGGAGAAGACCAAUGAUUCCAAGUACGAGGUUACGAACGAAACGAUCAUCCAGUUAUGUACUGGAAGAGUAAAAGAUUUGAAGGGCCGGCUGGAGGCGCUUGUACCUGUCAUGGAUGGAAUCCACUCAACUAUCACCCGUUACAUACCUACCACUCCAGCCACAAUAACGCUUGCUCCACCUGAGCAACUUGUGCCUGCCAAAACUGAGCAAAACGUUAACAUCUCACUCAAGCGCAGAGCAGAUUCCCUACACGAGCGAACGGGCAGUACUCUGGUCGAGCGGAAUGCUAAAGUUCUAUCCAAGAGGAGUAUGAGUGCUCCACCUGAGCGAAGAACGAAUGCUUUGGAUGAGCAGAGUGCCAGUGGCCCAUCUGAACAUCAGUUGCACAGAGGGACUCCAAUGUGCACCUGA